AUGACGCUGAUGAGAACAUUGACGCGUCUCUCGAAUCAGAGCGCUACGAUAGGAAUUCGCCAGAGAUGGUCGCUUCACGUUCGACUGGCAAGCACGGCAACUGCGCCUUCUCAGACCUUAAAGAUAGGCGGACGUGACGUGUCAAUCCCGACCGGUAUCUUUAUCAACAACGAAUUUCGUUCAUCAAUUGAAGGCAAUACGUUCGGUGUUGAAGAUCCUACAACUGGACAGGAAGUCAUUCGUGUACAGGAAGGCCGGGAGAAAGAUGUCGAUGAAGCGGUAUUGGCCGCACGCAAGACAUUUAACAGCAAAGAAUGGGCUGAGUCGAAUCCGACAAUGAGAGGCGAGCUCCUGCGCAAUCUGGCAGAGCUCAUGGAAAAGAACAAGGAGGACCUUGUUGCCAUCGAGAUGCUUGAUACUGGCAAGACCUACAAACAGGCCUCGGGGCUCGACUUCAUGGGCUCAAUUGGAACGUUGAGAUAUUAUGCGGGAUGGGCCGACAAGAUCCUGGGCUUGACUUCUUUCAAUAUUCCCGGGACAUUCGCCUACACUCGUCGUGAGCCAAUUGGUGUGUGCGGUCAGAUCAUUCCAUGGAACUUCCCCAUGAUGAUGUUUAUUUGGAAGAUUGCCCCCGCCAUCGCAGCCGGAAAUACAAUCGUCAUCAAGUCCGCCGAGGCCACACCAUUGUCCGCAUUAAAACUGUGCGAGCUGAUCAAGGAAGCGGGCUUCCCAGCUGGAACUAUUAAUCUCACCUCCGGAUACGGCAAAACCGUCGGAAAUGCAAUUGCCUCACAUAUGGACAUUGACAAGGUUGCCUUCACCGGGUCUACUGCUACUGGUAGAAGCAUCAUGAAGUCUGCUGCAUCAUCCAAUUUAAAGAAAGUUACCCUGGAGCUCGGUGGAAAAAGCCCGAAUAUUGUAUUUUCCGACGCAGACAUUGAAAAAGCAGUGGAAUGGUCUGCCUGGGGAAUUAAUAUGAACUUCGGCCAGACUUGCCACGCCGGUACUCGAAUCUAUGUACAUGAAGACGUGUACGACAAGUUUGUCGAUGCCUAUACGGCUCGGAUGUCACGAAUCAAGGUCGGCGACAACUUCGAUCCCACUGUCGACCAAGGCCCCCAGAACAGCAGGAUGCAGUACGACAAGAUCUUGGGAUACAUUCAAAGUGGCAGAGAUGAGGGCGCGACGGUGCAUUUGGGUGGCAUGGCCUCUCAGUCGGGUCCUGAAGGGGGCUACUACAUUGAACCUACCAUCUUCACCAAUGUGAAGCCGGAUAUGAAGAUCAUGAAGGAAGAAAUAUUUGGCCCCGUUGUCGCCAUUUCAAAGUUCAGCUCCGAAGAAGAAGUAUUGACGCUUGCAAAUGACUCGACCUACGGACUGGCUGCCGCAGUUCACACUAAGGAUUACGAACGUGCGGUGCGUAUGAUCAACGCGCUCAAGGCCGGCACCACUUGGGUCAACAUGUACAAUAUGGUCCAUUGGAGUAUUCCCUUCGGUGGCUAUAAGGAGAGCGGUAUCGGUCGGGAGUGCGGAGAGGCAGUCCUCGAGAACUACACCGAGACAAAGGCUGUCUAUUUGAAUACAGGGAUGGUUGCGCCGCAGUUGUAA